CAACACCGUGUGCCAUUCCACGCUGCGUGUUUGGGGAAAAACCAACUUAUUUUUUUUUUUGACAUCAACAUAAACUAAGACUUCCCCCGAAAUUCUUGACAAUCAGCGGCAAUUCAUUGGAACGCAUUCUAGAUUAGCCGAGCAGUAUAAAAGUGCAUUCGAACGAUGAAGAAGGUUUUGUUGACGAAAACGCAAAAGGUCGAGCGGAUCGCAUCCGGAGGGGAAUUAUUACUCAAGACCCCCCAAACGCCUCCACUACCGAUUCGGGUCAUUACCAUGCCCAGUUCUACACCGGUCAGCUGCAAUACUUACAUCCAGCGCAAAUCAUUCAAGCCCUUUUUUGAGGACAUUUUCAAGUCCCUAAUGUGCAUACCUGAUAAAGCCCUCCAGCAACGCGUGAUCAAUGCGAUUAAUGGCCACAAUAGCCACAGCUCAGAUAAGGACAGCUCCACUAUCUCGCAUCAAGGUAAACAAUGUUCUUGUGGAGUCACAAAGGUAGACGCCUCCACGCAAACACAAUGGGAAUCGGAUGACAGGAAAAUCCUACCACAGGGGCAUUAUGUGCCGCCAAAAUCCGAGGAAAAACCACCCAUAAAAAAUGAAUCAGCCGAUUCAACGAAGAACUCGAGCCCCACGGACUCCAAUCCGAUUUCAAAUUCCACACCAAUUACGUCAACAGCUCAGCCAGUAAAAGUUCCUAAAAAACGUGGAAGGAAACGGAAUACAUGUGUUCCACAGGUGGUUAAGCGAUCGGCAGCCCAAAUGGCGCUACAGGAGCGCGAGGACAAACAGCUGACUCCGCUGGUUACCAAAAAGAAAAAGCUGGAGGUUACGAACACGCAUGAAACUCAAAGCAAUAAUUCUUUCAAAACUCCAGAACGGCGAAACUCAAACAUGUCCGAUAUAUCUUUGUCGAAUAUAUCUUUGUCCGAUAUACCCUUUAGUGAAGAGGACCAAAGCCGAGUAGAGGGCUACAUAGAAGGAACAAGUACGGACUUAAUAAAACAUAUGAUGGCCCAAGAAUUCCUAAAAGCUAGAGUCAAGUCCGAGGAAGGACUGUUUCCCAUCCAUGAUUACAUACUGCGUGGCGAUGUUUUUGGGGUAAAGCGGCAGGUGUUUGUGUUUUCGCACGUAAACACCGACAUCAACACUCUGCUCAGCAGCGAUGGCGAGGAUUGCCUGCAACUUGCACUAACCAACAACGUUGAUGCGGAGAUCGUGUCAAUUAUUAUCUCAGCGGGAUGCCUGCUAGAUCACUUCUACGAGAACUCCAACACCGUCAUUCACCUGGCAGUGAUCAACAACAUAAAUCUCGAAUCCGUUAGAGUUCUGAUGAAGCAUAUUGACUUAAAUCUUCUUUUGGAGCCCAAUGAUGAUGGUUAUACAGCUCUGCAUCUGGCAGUGCGGUACAAUCAGUUCCAUAUGGCAGAAGCCAUUCUGGAUUGCAUAGACGAGCGGGAUUUGGGCGAGCCGAUCUACAGGAGAACAGCGGAAACUCCAAAUACUGAUGGUCGGGACGAGAAAGCCUUCUCGAAGUACUACGAUCGGGCUUGCGACAACUUGGAUAUGACUAAAUCGAAGCUGAAAACGCGCAGAAUGAAGCUGGAUGUGAUUAAUGCCUCCGAAACGAGGGCAGGGAAUACGCCUCUUUUCUACGCCAUAGAGGGAGAGCUAGAACACUUUUGCUAUUUCCUGCUAGCCCACCUGGCCGAUCCCGAUCAGGAGAACUUUAUCGGGCAUUCCCCGAAAUCUUACCACUACGAUUAUGCACGCAACUUACGCAUUAGCCUGAAAGUGUCAAGAGUUAUGGACAAAGUAAUUGGAUUAUUGAAUUCUUAAUGUUUAUUGUACAUACAUAAGUUUAAUUUAAAUAAACUAUUUAACAUAGAAAAGCUAA